GUUACCACAUCCUGCCCCCAUCUAGUACCUGAAAGAUGAAUUACGCGCAAAGAAUUGACAGCCUGGUCGACGUCUUCACCGAAUCUGUCUUCAAAAAUCUCGUUCACCACGAUGAUCCAGAAAUCAGCCUCUCUCGAAUACAACCCUGCGCGCGCUCUCAGCAGCAGGUCCAGCACAAAAGCCCUAUAUGCAACAUUCCGCUCGAAAUUUUGUCAGAAAUUUUCGUCCAGUGCUGCACUUUUAGCGUCGCCAUGAACCACACUCAUCUCAUUGAGCCCACCGCUCUCUAUCUCUCGCAGAUCUGCUCUGUAUGGCGUAACAUUGUCAUUUCAAUGCCUAAGCUCUGGUCUAUGAUCACAAUUCAUGGCGCCAACGUCCAUAAGCGCCCUCUUCCCGCGAAACGUCUUCUCUGCACGUAUCUCGCCCAUGCAGGCCAAGCCCCGCUCAACAUCAGACUUGUAUGCGCAUCAAGCAUUCCCGGUCCAGAAGACGACUUAUUCCUCGACUUCCUGCGCACUCUGCUCCAUCAGUGCGAGCAUCGCCGUGUGUCUCUAAUAACUGACCUCAAGAGAUCCAGAAUCACGUUCAUUGCGGCUUUCAACCUUCUAUUCACUCCACACUCCUCAAACAUCCAAAGCAUCACACUGGUCCCAGGACUUGGGCUUUUCAUCCUUUUUUAUCCCGACCUGUCCCACCUCACAGUAACAAGACCCACAUACUGGGACAUGAUUUCGCUCGCUUUGGCGAGUUCUGCGAGGAGCAUCAGCCGACUUGAUUUUGUGGACUGUUCAGUCGCGGAUAUAUGCUCCAUCGGCUCUGUGUUUCCCAAGCUAAACCACAUAGUAAUUCAAAAUCCACUCCGCAGUGCCUCACCCGAUAACGCACAUAUCCCGCUUCUCGUCUCUCUCACAAUCACACUUCCCAAACCUCGUCUACAGCCGCUCAAUAAAAUAUUCGAAACAUUCUCUCUUCCCAAUCUGACUUCGCUCACUAUAUACACCCCGGUUCUCCCCAUUGAUACGUUUAUCGCUUUCCUGGAAAAGUCUCCCGCUCUGCGGACAUUGACCGUGUCUUCAUGCGUCUCAAACUUCAGCCUUUUCAUCGCAGCAUCGAAGAAUCUUGCGGUGUUAGACAUUUACGCGCAUGAAGAGUGUUUGGAUGAGAUCUUCGAUGUUAUCGAAAGAAGUAGGCGGCCAUCUGAGGCGAUCGUACUGCGCAUGGUCGAAAAGAAAGAUGACGAAGACGAGGACGAAGUAAACGUGUCCUGCAUCGAAGAUAAAGGUUUUUCCGGGGGCAACCAAGACGAUAAUUCCGCCCACGUCGGCUCAACUACACAAGAAGAUCAUAACGACGACGACGAAGAGAGCGAUUCCGAGGAUGAACGGGACAGCAAUGAUGACUCGGAAGAUGAAACAGAAAGUUCGGAAGAAUCGGAUGACGAUGAAGUCGACGCCGCUUAUAAGAUGGCCCGUCCCGAAAUUAUUCAAGGCGCUCGUCUCAAAUACCACAAUCGAAUGCGAAGAUUCCGCGCUGCGGGGCGCAGGAUUGCUAUCUGCUGAAAAUUUUUUAGAUGCUUAUACUCUCAAUGACCGGUCACCGAAGAUGAAAAUAGAUUUGAGUGCUACGGAACAGCCUUACGCCAUACGUUUUUCCGUCAUCUCCAAUGGUUCGCGCAGGGCUGACUGGCUCGAGCGUGAGCUAAAAACAAAUUUCCCACGCCAUCGAGUGUUGACUGAGUUCCAUUUUGGGAAACCCCGAUUCCUUUCGACCGUUCAUCCACCAACAAAGGACUUAAGGUGCGCAUUUCACUUCCUGCUCCUCUUCAUGAUGCUUUAGUAAAAGGGUCGAG